AUGGCAGGCAUUCAGAUUCAAGCGUUUAGCUGUUUUCCCCCUGACGCUUCAGUGUGGAGCUUAUUCCUUGGCGUCCUCGUUAUCGGUCCGAAUGAGCUGAAGCGAGGAUACCCGCCUAUGCCUUCAUCCGACAGGCGACGGAAACGUGCUUCCCAAAAGCAGCCUACAAUCUUUCAAAACAAGAAGAGUGUUUUGCUGGGAGAAACCGGCAGGGAAAAACUCCCUCGGUACUACGAAAACUUUGGUCUAGGCAUCAAGACGCCUAAGGAGGCCAUUGAGGGCACCUACAUAGACAAGAAAUGCCCCUUCACUGGUAAUGUCUCCAUCCAAGGUCGGAUCCUGUCUGGUGUCCUGACAAAAAUGAAGAUGCAGAGGACCAUUGUCAUCCGCUGGGACAUUACAUCCGAAACAAUCAAGUUCUCCGAGAAGCCAGCUUUCGACCUGAGUGUGGGCAUGGCCUCGGCAUUCAGCGAGGUGGAGGUUACAGAAGCGUUUCAGGUAUUCGAUCACACUGUGAACCCUGAGAUUGUGUCACUUACUAAAAACAACUGUUUCUAG